AUGGGACGACUGCUUUACUGCGUCCUUUUUAUAAUCAUCACCUUUGACCAAACAAGUGCGUUCGUUACCUGUGGGACCAGGCAGUUCCAGUGUGGCAAUGGGAAAUGCAUCACAGCCCGAUGGAUUUGUGAUGGGACCGAUGACUGCGGAGACGGCACAGACGAGCUUCCUGCCAUCUGCCUGGCUAAAUCGUGCAACCCGACACAGUUCAACUGCGCAGACCGACUGAACCAGUGCAUCCCACAGAGCUGGCAGUGCGACGGGAAAGCAGACUGUGAGAACGGAGCAGACGAGGAGAGCUGCGACCCUAAACAGUGCACAGAGGCAGAGUUCCGGUGCGGGACGGGGCAGUGCGUGUCCUCCUCGUUCGUGUGCGACGGGGAGGCGGACUGUGAGGACGGCAGUGACGAGGCCUCCUGCCCCCCCGUCACCUGCGGCUCCUCCUCCUUCAGGUGCAACAACUCGGCCUGCGUCCCGCACCUCUGGGCCUGUGACGGGGACCAGGACUGCAGCGACGGCUCCGACGAGUGGCCCUCCAACUGCGGCCUGAAGACCACCACCGUGGGGGCCAAGCGCUGCUCCGCUCUGGAGUUCAGGUGCGGCAACGGAGAGUGCAUCCACAGCAGCUGGAAGUGCGACGGCGGCGUGGACUGUCUGGACAAGUCUGACGAGCUGGACUGUGCUCGCACCACCUGUCGUCCUGAUGAGUUUGAAUGUGGAGAUGGGACUUGUAUCCACGGAAGCCGCCAGUGCAACCACGAGUACGACUGCAGGGACAUGAGCGACGAGGCGGGCUGCGUCAAUGUAACUCUUUGCGAGGGCCCCCUGAAGUUCCAAUGUCGCAGCGGGGAGUGCAUCCACAUGGACAAAGUGUGCGACAGGAAGAGGGACUGCAGCGACUGGUCCGAUGAACCUCUCCGAGAAUGUGGAACCAACGAGUGUGUGUUCAGAAAUGGCGGCUGCUCGCACAUCUGUAAAGACCUGAAGAUUGGAUACGAGUGCCUUUGUCCCACUGGGUUCUAUCUCGUCGAUAACAAGCGAUGUGAAGACAUCGACGAGUGCGCCAACCCGGACACCUGCAGUCAGAUCUGUAUCAACCAGGUUGGCAGCUACAAAUGUCAGUGUGAAGAGGGAUACCAAGUGGACCCUGCCACCAAAGCCUGCAAAGCAAUUGGUACCAUCGCUUACCUCUUCUUCACCAACCGCCACGAGGUCCGGAAGAUGACCUUAGACAAGAGCGACUACACAAGAGUCAUCCCUCGACUGAAGAACGCUGUGGCUCUGGACAUGAACAUCGCCGCCAAAGACAUCUACUGGUCUGACAUCUCUCAGAAGAAAAUCUACAGAGCACAGAUGGACGCCGCUGAGAACCCGUCCAGUCAUAACAUACUCAUCGGUACCGACAUAGAGGCCCCUGAGGGAAUUGCCUUUGACUGGAUCCACAGGAACCUGUACUGGACCGACUCUGUCCGCAGUACCGUCUCCGUCGUAAGCGCUGACGGGACACGACGUAAAACUCUUUUCCGCCAAGGACUGUCCAAGCCCCGGGCCAUCGUGGUCGACCCUCACAACAACUUCUUGUACUGGACAGACUGGGGGAGUCCUGCUAAGAUUGAGAAGAGCGGGCUGAACGGAGUGGACCGGUCCGCUCUGGUCACUGACAACAUUGAGUGGCCCAACGGCAUCACUCUGGACCUGCUGACCCAGCGGCUGUACUGGGUGGACUCCAAGCUUCACACUCUCUCCAGUAUCGACGUCCAGGGAGGAGGGCGCCGCACGCUCAUUAUCGACGAGCAGAGACUGGCCCACCCGCUGGGGCUGACCGUGUUUGAGGAGAAAGUGUUCUGGACAGACGUGAGCAACAAUGCCAUCCUCAGUGCAAACAGACUGACCGGUGAGGACAUUAGACCAGUGGCUGAACACCUGGCAUCACCUGAGGACAUUAUACUGUUCCAUAACCUCAAACAGCCAGCUGGGAGAGACUGGUGCCAAGUGUCCAACGGUGGCUGUGAGUUCAUGUGUCUGGCAGCGCCUCAGGUCGGGAGGCAUCCCCCACGAUACACCUGUGUUUGUCCCGACAACAUGAUGCUAGCCCGAGACAUGAGGAGAUGUGUUCCUGCCGUGCUCAGACCGGUCCAUCCAGUCACCGCCCGUCCUGAGCGUGUGCAGCCCGCCGCUCCACCAACGACCACAGCUCCAGCACCGGUCCGCACCACCACCCAGGCUCCUGUAGUGGUCCAUAAACCUGUGACCACACCUCCCCCCGCACCUGUGACCACACCUCCCCCCGCACCUGUGACCGCACCUGUGACCAUACCUGUGACCACACCCGCUCCAUCCUUCACUAAACUCAGUGUGAGGACCACGGCUGAACCCAGCACCCCCUCACGCACCGCUGAGAAACUCACCACUGUGGCCCCCAGAGCCCAGACCACCUCCCAGGCUCCAGCCUCUACCUCAGACUCUCGGCGUGUUGUUGGAGGUACACCCAGCGUGGCCUCGAGUACCCCCAUCGCCCUCUACGUCACUCUACCUCUAGUGAUCGCGUGUAUGCUGAUUGUCGGUGGAUUUCUUCUGUGGAGAAACUACCGCCUCAAGAACACCAACACUAUUCACUUUGACAACCCGGUGUACCAGAAGACCACGGAGGACCAGGUGCGGAUCUGGAGGAGCAACAGCUUUGAGGCCGGUUACACUUAUCCCAAAAGACAGAUUGUAGAGUUAAAUGAAGAAGCUGACAAUCCAGUCUUCACGGAAAACUGA